ACAUCGUUUAUUAUAACCUCGUAGGGUGUGUGUUUGUAAACACACGAUGACGACUCGCUCAGCGCAUGCGCACUGCUGCUCUCUAAUCCCUAUUGCGUUAGCUGCCUGUCGUGCUGUUGUUGUGUCUGCGCGAGGCUGCUGGUCUUAGAAUCUUCUGGAUUGACCGGCUUCUGUUCUCUCUCACAUUUGGCACUAUGGCUCUCAUCUCUCUUGAGGACCUUGAGGGAUUUGAUGACGAGCAGCUCGAAGAUGAUGUCACCGACAGCUCUGAGCCAAUGAAUGAAGAGGUACAGGACAGGAUGUUAGCACAUUGGCAGGCUGUUGGACGGUUGCAUCAAGUGUCUGUGCCAAGAGAGAUGCGAGGUCCCAUUCAAGAGAUGACAGUGAGGAAUCAGACCUCAGAGCGAGAGCCUGUGCCGUUUGUUACUGUGUCGCGACAUGAAAAGCUCGAUGAAAUUUUGUAUGAGGAGAGAGUGUAUCCCGCUGGAAAGUGGGCAUGUGUCAGUCGAGGAGACGCACUUUAUGAACAAAGCAUCUCCAAUGCCUUCAUGAAACUAAUGCGAUUCAUCUGUAAAGAGAAUUCAACAGGACGAUACUUGGGCAUGUCUGUGCCUAUUGUGAAUGAGAUUACAAUGUCAGAGGAUGGCAUAAACUUCCUGAAGGAAGUGGUGACGGCAUAUUAUCUGCCUGCUGAGUUUCAGACAAACCCACCAGAAUCGAGUGAUCCGGAUAUCACCAUCAUCCACAGGGAUACGAUCAGAGUCAUAGCCAGGGUUUUUUAUGGGACAACAACAGAGGAGACCAUCUCUCGUCAGAUCAGCGUCCUGAGGGAGAUGUUGGGAAGCUCUGAAGACAUUGACCAAGAUCACUACAUGGUGGCUGUUUACGAGAAUCCCGGCAUUCCCCACCGUCGUAAUGAGAUCUGGUUCAUCCGGCGCGGCGUUUAAGAAUAUUUUCCAAACCAUCAGCCGUUUGAGUGUCACAAUCAAAACCCAUUUUAUCGUUGUAUAUGUGUUGUAAUAUGCAGUGCAUUUUGCUUCAUUGAUGAGUAGAGAAACUGCAGUUGAGGAUAAAGAAAGAGAUUUGUAUUUCUAGCUUACCGUCAAGAUUUUUUUUCCCACUUAAACAGGGUAAAUUAUUUUUAAAGGGACAUUCCACUUUUUUUAAAAAUAUGCUUAUUUUUCAGCUCCCCUAGAGUUAAACGUUUGAUUCUUACCGUUUUGAAAACCAUUC